AACGACGGCGGCAGAUGAACAUGUGCGCCGACCAUGGCAGCCUGUCUUGCGCCUUUGGAGCCCGUUGGGGCACACCGUCAGAAGUGAGCAAGUGUGCCAAUCCAGGCGGUGCUCUGGCUGGCGCUGCUGCAGUCGGACGCGAGGAAAGUGGAGGUGACGCACUGCCACGACGAGGCAGCCCUCGAAGAUGUCGCUGUACUUGCAGUCAGACGCUGCACAACCCCUCAGUUCGGCCGAGCUAGCCGUCUUGGCAGAUCAGUUCAGCAAGGAGCGAGACGCAGGCCACCUGGCGACUCAGACCAAGUUCAAUUAUGCAUGGGGUCUUGUCAAGAGUACAGAGACGACAGACGUCAGCAGAGGUGUCGAGCUGCUGGGAGAGAUCUACAGGGACGAGCCACAACGAAGGCGGGAGUGCCUCUUCUACCUCUCGGUGGGACACAGAAAGCUAGGCAACUACGAGCACGCAAAGCGGUUCAACGAUCUCCUGCUUGCGAAAGAGCCCGGCAAUAUGCAAGCCAAAAGUCUCGCCACACUCAUCGAACGCGAUGUCCAGAGGGAUGGUUACAUCGGCAUGGCAGUCGGCGCAGGUGUGGCAGGAUUGGCGCUCGCCGUCUUUGUACAAGGCAUACGGAGCUUCAGUAACCGCCGCUGAUCCUCGCCACGUUUCACGCUAGUGUUGUACUAUCACACGACUGCAAUC